AUUCUCAUUUAAUAUUAUAUGUAAAUUUGUGGUAGUUUCCAGAAAAAAAAUCACUAAGCUGACAAUUCUUAUGUUUAAUUUUGCGUGGGGAAAAAUCCGUUUCUCUCUCUCUUUAAAAUCAAUAUAAUAUAGGUAUAGCCUUUUUUACUUUCAACCCGCAGUUUGCAGGUAGCUUAAACUUGAAUUACAGUUGUUGUGUCGAUAGCUUUCGCUCUAGCAGACGAUUCAUCGUGGUAACAUUACGUGAUUUAACAGCACGCGAUAGAAACAUGAUUUCAGUCACAAGUAACUGACCUAGUUUAGUUCGCAGCACCAUAAUGUAAGUUAUUCUUGUUCUUGUACCUACUAAAAAUUUUGGUGUCAUUUUUUUUUAUCUAAUCUAGUUGUACUGGUGGUGUCAAGAAACAUAAAGUUCAUAAAGUUAAUUUCAAAGGGGUAACCUACGCCUACGUUUACCGUUGUUACUCAUUGUUAGCGAGAGUGGAGUCUAUUCAUAUUUCAUAUAAUAUUAAGCAAAGUCACAAUCACGAUCCUUUAACUUAUUGAGUUAAUUGAGUACAGUAGCUGAGUUUGGUGUAAGUAUGAGCCUGCCUUAUUAAUAUUUAAUAAAAAGUGUAAAUUAUGAACAUUCAUUUCCAUUUUUAAGUAGGCUAUCAUUAUUAAAGUUACAGAGCUCUUAGACUUUUAAUUCUAAUUCUGCUGUUUUCAAUUUCUGGAUGUGGAAUAAACUAAUAAAGAUCUGUAGUUGAGUAGCUGUAGCAGAAAUUAUUUUAUUAUGAAAUGACAUUAUCAAUCAUUAACAGAGAUUGCACAUACAUUUUCUUUUAUUUGGCCUUGGGAGAAAUCUACUCUGCAAUCAGAACAAAUAGCAUUUUUUUAAAGGUGUUGGGAUGAUGGAAAUAAAAGCCAUCUGACCCCUUAAAACGUAAUUAUCCAAAAUAUUAAAUUUGCUUGGCAUUGCCAUUUCCAUAUAUUAUAGAUUUAUAUAUCCCUUCUCGCCCCCCCCCCCCCCCCCCUCUCUCUCUCCUUUUCAUCUAAUGGUGAAUAAGUUAAAAAUGAUCUGUGACUAUCGGUUUUCUCAGAACUUUUAAAAUCUGUAAAAGUUUCCAGUUCCUCCAGUAUUCCGAAAAAGUGCUUCACUUGGAAUGACUGCUGCUUUACAUCUAAGAAGGUUAGGACUUAGCAUCUGCCACUGUCCAUGUUACAGGACAACACCUAAUCUAGGUUGGAUAUAACACCUGCAACUGUUUCUGAGAUAGACCGUCACCUAACCUGUGGAUGACAUACCAAAUGCUACCGUCCAUUUAACCUGAAAACACCUUACCUGGGUUUAGAAUACCGUUUGCUUCUGUCCAUGUAACCUGACUUCACUUAACCUAUAUUAUACCAUCAGCUACUAUUCAUGUAACUGGACUACACCUAACCUGGUGUACAUAGUUUAAGUUACUGUCCAUGUAACUAGACCACCCAACCUAGGUUUGUUAUACUAAUGUAAGCUAAUACAGACCUUUUUUACUCUUAUGAUUUUGGCGUACAAUGUACGAUUUUGAGGUGUAUACAUUAUGUAUACUGUAUAUUUUUACUAUUAAGAUAAAGUAUUGAAUUGAAUGAUUUUGUGAUGAUAUUGUACGAUUUUAAGAGUUUGAGGGUAAACAGGUCUGCAAAUAUUCAUUAUAACUAGACCACUCAACCUUGGUAUGUCAUCCUCAAGUAAGUUACCGUCUAUGUAACUAUUUUUUUAACUACACCACCCAACCUUAGUAGGGCAUACUGGUGUAAGUUACUGUCCAUAUAUCUAGACCACCCAACUUAACUCAUUAAUGUUAUACCUUAUGCCCUCAUAACUUUGAGAACCCUCAGCCUCGGUUGUAGUCCAAAGUUCUGAUAAAUGGUUUUCACUGCUACCCUAAGGUCAAUGUUUCUACAGCAGUAUUGCUAACCAUCUAAUCUUAUGUCCUGACCUUUACAGUCCAAUAGCUCAGUUGAUAUUGUCAACUCUCAACUUAUCUCAUUCAUUGUUCAUCUAGUCAGUACAAUUUAUCUGAGAUCUUUAUUGUUUAUUUAAAUGAAUUAAAAAAUCAAAGUUAUCAUGCAUGCUUAUCAUGGACAUUUGCACUGUGUACACUAGGUUUGCUUUAUGCUAUAUUUAUCUAUUUAUAAAUAUUGUAAAGUGACGAAACAUUUGUGUAUGACAAGACAUAAUCUUAUCUUUACUUAUCACUUGUUUGCUUUAAAAUGUGGGUUGAAAUCUGAGUGCAGGGGAAAUGACUUGUAGGGAAAACACAAGCUUAUUGUUAUAAAUUCCACAUUUCACAUGGUUCAUUGAGUUCAACUUUAGGCAUAUCAAACAGUUAUAAAAUGAUAAGGCUGCUUAAUUGAUCCUAACAAAUUGACAAUAGAUACGGUAACAUUGUAAAGUUUAAAAUUGUAUUUUUUAUAUUUAGAAUUCUGAAAUAGCUAAUUUAGAAAAAAAAAAAUAUAUAUUCUUGAAGGUACAGUGAAAAAUAUAAUUAGAUAACCAGACAUGCAUUACUCUUUUUUAUUUUUCAAUCUUCUUCUCUUCUUCUCUUCUCUAUUUUGAGGGCUCCUGAUCUAUGAUCAUUCUGGCUCCUUUGUUUCAGAGGGGUUCGCGAUGAUGCUUUGCAUGGUUUUCAAAGGGAUACUUCACUGGUUGCAAGGGCUACUUAGAAGUGGUAUUAUGAACUGGGGGCUGGAAGACAGGAGGUAAUAGACACAAAUGUGUCGAGUAUAGUCGCCUCAACUGUUGCUUUUGGAAGCUUGUUCCAGUCCCUUAUUGUCUUUGGCGGGAAUGAGGAGCUCCUGUAAUGAGUUCUUGUUUUUAAUAGCCGGAACUGCUUGUCAUGGCCUCCCCGCUGUCUAGGGGGGAGAUGGAUGAGUUUCUGUUUGAUGCUGGAGCAGUGAACCAGCCCAUUUUUGAUCUUGUACAACAUGGUGAGCCUGGAUAGUCGUCGUCGUUCUUAAUAAUUAUAAUAAUAAAGUUUAUUUGAAAAUCAUGCUUCAUCCCCAAAGGCUCGAAGCACAGUACAAAGUCAACCAUAUUAAAAGAGAAAUGAAAAAAUCUAUAUUAUACCACAUUGAAAUACAAAACGCAACUUUACAAAAACUAAAUACGAGAAUACCCAUUCCAAGUCUUUCAUCCCUUGCAAACAUAAAAAACACAGGCCAAUACACAUCUAGGAGAUAAUAGCCAGCUGGAAAAGAUGGUAGACAACAUCACCCCAGCAGGUGUUUGCAAAAUAGAUAUGUUUUCAAUUCGGUUUUGAAAGACUCCAGUGUCUGGCUGUUUCUGAGAGCGUCAGGAAGUGUGUUCUUCCAAUGGUGACCAGACCAGUGUUUCUAGCAUACUGCCAACACUUGAGGUGUUUCUAUAGCGGUUCAGGACUGUCGCUGGACCGCCUCCAACCUGUUGAUGCUUUUCUGGGUACCCUGUAGAUGUGUACUCUAAAGGCGGCCGUACAAAGGCUUUAUAGGCUUUUUCUUUCACGCUUGAGUUGUUAAUCUUCAAAUUUUGCCUUAGGAACCCCAGGGUCUUGUUCAAUCCACUGGUGAAACGUACUCCUAUGUCUCCCGGUUUCAACCUCUAAAAUUAAGCUUGGCGUAUAAUUAUAGACCAUUUAAACAUGAAUAACUUCAGCAUCAGUGUGUUGAGCAUGAUUAUGUAACUCCUGACAAAGGCUUAGAACUUAGAGAUUAUUACAUAAGUAAACCCAGUUUUUAAUUAUGGAUUCUUGUUCAAGAGAGAAGAAUAACAUUAAGCUUAACUAUCAUUAGUGUAUUUAACUAACUUCAAGAGCUCUUGUGUUUCCCACUUAGUCCAUGUAUUUCUACUCAAGGUGAACAAGGAGAUAUUUGUAUUGUAUUCUACAGAUUUAAGAUAAGAAGUGUCAUCAGGCCAAACCAAAGCUCAUAGCACAGUAUGUACUAACUUCUAAAACCAAGGGGAUCUUUUAACCAGGACAUCUGCAUCCACAUCGUCUAGUGCCAUUGAAAUAACAAGGGCAUUGUAUCCACAUUCUGAUCUCAACAAGACUUGGAUCCAUCAUGAACAAGAGGCUAACACUUUCUGUUGGCAUGGUCUUGUCAAUGAUGCUAUCCACUUCCUGGUCUGCUCCAGAUACAGCAUCAUCUGGGGGUCACACCUACUUUGAAAUCCUGGCCCAUGCCGGCCUCAAGGCACAGAAUUACAAGGAACUGGUCAAGAAUGAGGGUUACCAUAGAGAACUGGAAACCAUCCUUAGUAGCCUGCAUGUUGGCCAGGCAAAGCUGUUGAACUUCAAUCAUGAUGACCAUAGUAAAGACGGUUUGUCUGAGUACGUCAGUGUUGUCAUGGAAUCUCUCCAGGCCCUGACCAUCAGGAGUGGGGCAAACUCAACAUCAACAUGUGCCAAUGACACUGCUCGAGUCUUAACCAGUUGGUUUGAUAAAACUCAGAAAUGGUCAUUGCAGUGUAAGUUACUAUUAUAAAAUAUAGAAUUACAGUAAAAACCAACUCAAAUCUUAAACAAAGUUAAUCAGAUUCAUAAAAUAAUUCUAAAAUUAGCAAAUUUAGUUUUCAAAAUAAAAUCAUUUUGUAAAAAAACAACUCUGAGUGGUCAGUUUCAUUUCUUGUUCAUUAAUUAUGAACAUUCAAUCAAUCCAAUCAAAGAUUAUUCUUAAAAAUACCAACUUUCAAUGACUUGUGAUUUCAACACAUAACGGAAUACAAUCUUAAUUCAGAUGUGCAAAUAUUUUUACAAUUGACUUAUUGAAUGACUUUCUUUGUUAUAGAUGAUUAAAAAAAUUACCUGGAUUUUAACUGCAUUUUCUGAACUUAUCAAUGCUCUGUUUAUUUCCCCUCAAAUAUUUUAAACAGUUUUAGAUGCUGCUGGCAAAAUUGUCCCAGGAGUGACCCUUUACCGCAUCAACUUUGUGGGCAAUUAUAAACAAUGCAGAGCAGCACGAGCGCCAGACAUUUCGCCUGAGAGGAAAGGAUUCAAGGGAAACUACUGUACCCUUUAUGUAACACUGGUCAGUUGACAGUUAUCUGUUUUCUGAUAUUUUAAGAAUUUCUUUGAUCAAAAAUCUUAUUUUAGAUUUUUGAAACUCUAACUUUGACGCUAGGCUCCUCAAUGAAAGAAAGCCAGGCUCAGUUAUUAAGUAGUUAUUGUUUGUUAUUUGUGAGAUCCAGCUUGAAAUGGCAGACACCAUGAUGCUCUCAUUACAGGGGGGAUCCAGUCCAUUAUUUGCACUGGCCGUCCAGCUUGGAGCCUGCAUGCCUGAUACCUGCACAGAAGAAGAGACUUCAAGUCUCACCCAGGAAUGUGAGUGUGCAAAGCUCUUGAACUGUCUUGAUAGCGUUUGUUUUUUUAAAUGACCCUAUGAGGUAGCAAAUAUACAUUAUUUUCAUUACUUAAGGAAAAAGAUUAAGUCAAAGUAUGAAUACCACAGAUUUGAGAUCAAAAUGUGAAUGAAAACAAACUCAGCUAAUCAUAACUAGCAGGGUGGAUGAAACCCCCCCUCCCCCUUCUCCCUCCCUUCCCCCAGUUACUGGUUUGCACCAGAACUGCUAGGUGUCCCAUUCCUGUCACAUUCCAUUGAAAUCACAUGUUGGGAACCACUGCAGUAGGAGCAGUUAGUGUUAGACUCACAGCUAGUGUUGAUAAAAUCUUGUAAAAAUUUGAUAGUGUAUCAGGUGAAAGUUUCUCAUUCAAAAAGUAUCAUAACAAUGGGUUGUCUGUCAAAUCUAGUGGUCUCAAGACUGACCAAUGGAACUUUUCAAAAUGGGAGUGCACAAUGUCACACAGAUGAGAGGGAGAUGACCACUGCCACCAAAGUGUCCAUGUGAGUAGCCAAUGAGCUAUAUACAACUAAUGGUCUGGUUAAAAUACUCUAUGAAAUGUAUACAGUAUAUAAACAAGUUCCAAUGAACUCUCUGGUGUCAUCACCUCCAUGCCCAAACACACACACACACACCCACUGUGCACAGCAACUUAACAAAACUUGGCACAUUGACAAUAAGGUUUCUGAUAGGGACUGCAUGUAAUUUAUUACUUGAACACAUACACGUACGUCAAGUGGACUUUUGUGUAUUGACUGUGACAUUGUAAUGCAUGAUCAGAUCAACAUUCAUUGUAUUUAGGGAAGAUGAAUUAAAGGGGCCGAUGUGGAUAUUCAAAACUCUAUUUAACGGGUAUAAGUUCUUUGUCUUUUAUAUUUAGGUUUCACCAAAUGGAAGUAACGACAAUACAUUAAACUGAUGGCUCUUCAGUAUUGCCAUUGUAAGGCUAAAGGCCAGGGAUAAGUGGAUCAGAGGGGAACAGGUUGGGAUAGGGUGGAACAGUGAAGAGGGCGAAGAGGAAGAUGGUGGAGUUUGGAGAGAAUUGGAGCCAAGGGUAAGGGUUGAGAUACAUUGGGAAGAGAAAGAUGGUUGGGUUUGGAGAGAAUUGGAGCCUGAGGGUCAGAGUUGAGAUACAGUGGGAAGAGGAAGAGGGUGGGGUUUGGAGAGAAUUGGAGCCUGAGGGUCAGAGUUGAGAUACAUUGGGAAGAGGAAGAUGGUGAGGUUUGGAGAGAAUUGGAGGCUAGGGUCAGGGUUGAGAUACAUUGGGAAGGGUUGCGAUGAAAGCAAAAAGAUUUUAGGGUACUAAUAUAUAAAAUGGUCUGCUGAAGUUUCAAUAGUUUAUAAACUUGCUGAUUAUUAUGUCAGUAAAUGUCAUCAGUGAUCAACAUUACCACUCAUUAUGAAAUCAGUGAUCAACAUUACCGCUCAUUAUGAAAUCAGUGAUCAACAUUACUGCUUAGCAUGACAUCAGUGAUCAACAUUACUGCUUAUCAUGACAUCAGUGAUCAACAUUACUGCUCAGCAUGACAUCAGUGAUCAACAUUACUGUUCAGUACUCAAUCAAUCCUUGUCCUGUUUGAAAUCCCACAUUAAAAAGCCUUGUUUAUCGUGGUUCAUCAGUUCCAGCCAGAUUUAAACUGCGAUAAGUGAUUUUCCGAGGUGUAGGAUUAUCAAUGAAAUAUUUUUGUAGUUAGAGCAUGGCAAACCUGUUGAUGAUCCUCUCAAUAUGGUUUGUAACAUUUGAAAACACUCUGGAGGACAGGAAAUAACUUCCUUUAGUCACCAUUGCACUCUUAUUAUCCAAUAUGUUAGACAAAAUAAGAGAAAAUUAGACAUAUUAGCCGCUACACAUAUCAUAUUAUUAUUAUUAUUACCGUAUAAGUUUAAUUACACACACAGAGUUUAUACACAACCCCUACUUGCUGUGGUGCUCAGAGACAUAGGCCCAUAGUCCAUACGUACAGUAAUUUUAAUUGUAAUACAGAGGUGUCAAAUUGACUCAGACAACUGAGCGCACAAUGAAUGAGGUAUCAUACUAUCACUAUCUCGAUCAACUUUUUAAUGAAUAUACAUUUUAAAAAACGUGAUAAAAUGAUGCCGCGAAGGUCAAAGUGGGGAGUAAAGAAUUCUUCAAAAACAUUUAUCCAUUCUUUCGUCAGAGCCGUUUUGGUCAUCAUUGGAACACUUAUGCUUCUGGGCACCGCCUUCGACAUCAUCUUCAUCCAACGUCCAAAAUGGCUGCAAGAAGUAGAUGAAGCCAGUCUACUAACCAAUGUCCGUUAUCCUGAGAAUAAAUUUACAGGUGCUGCUGAUCAGGACAACGGAGCUGUUGGUCCAGCAGAUGAAACAACAUUGUUACUUGCCGGGAAACCUGCCAGGCCGUCACAGAGUAGAGCUUCAGGUAAUAUAGAGGCAACAUUUGCCUGGUCAAAUGAGCCCUAAUAUAGUAUCAUAAACGUACAGGCAACAUUUACAUGGUCAUACAAGCCCUCAUGUGGUUUCAGGUAGGAGAAUUAGCAUGGUCAAUACAAGCCCUCAUGUGGUUUCAGGUAGGAGAAUUAGCAUGGUCACUACAAGCCCUCAUGUGGUUUCAGGUAGGAGAAUUAGCAUGGUCAAUACAAGCCCUCAUGUGGUUUCAGGUAGGAGAAUUAGCAUGGUCAAUACAAGCCCUCAUGUGGCUUCAGGUAGGAGAAUUAGCAUGGUCAAUACAAGCCCUCAUGUGGUUUCAGGUAGGAGAAUUAGCAUGGUCAAUACAAGCCCUCAUGUGGUUUCAGGUAGGAGAAUUAGCAUGGUCAAUACAAGCCCUCAUGUGGCUUCAGGUAGGAGAAUUAGCAUGGUCAAUACAAGCCCUCAUAGUAGUUACUAUCCUAAUGUCUCAUUUUUAUUUUACUUAGUUUACAUGUUUUUAAUAAUUGUAAAGCGCUUAGAGCUUUAAGGUAAGCACUAUAUAAAAAUGCCUGAAUAAAUAAAUAAAUAAAUAUUGACUUACUAAAUAAUAAAAGUUGUCAUUCAACAAAAACUCAACUAAAAAAAUAACAAAAACAAAAAAAAGGAAAGGAAAAUAAAAAAGAAGACAUUAUAAAAUAUAAUGUCUUUAAAUUAUAAAAUAUAAUGUCUUUAAAUUAUAAAAUAUAAUGUCUUUAAAUUAUAAAAUAUAAUGUCUUUAAAUUAUAAAAUAUAAUGUCUUUAAAUUAUAAAAUAUAAUGUCUUUAAAUUAUAAAAUAUAAUGUCUUUAAAUUAUAAAAUAUAAUGUCUUUAAAUUAUAAAAUAUAAUGUCUUUAAAUUAUAAAAUAUAAUGUCUUUAAAUUAUAAAAUAUAAUGUCUUUAAAUUAUAAAAUAUAAUGUCUUUAAAUUAUAAAAUAUAAUGUCUUUAAAUUAUAAAAUAUAAUGUCUUUAAAUUAUAAAAUAUAAUGUCUUUAAAUUAUAAAAUAUAAUGUCUUUAAAUUAUAAAAUAAGUUAAUAAAUUAUUUAAAUAAGAAUUGACCAAUUUUCCCCAUGUAAGAUAUUUCAACUGAGAAAUCCCCUCAUAGAAUUGUUUGAGGUCGCAAGUUGCAGGCUAAUAAAAUCUCUUCUAGAUAAAACCAAAUAGUUUUAUGUUUAGUUGUUAUAAAAAAACAGGAAAUUUAUAUUUCCUUUUGUAAACAUUUGUUAACUGGGUUUUAGUCCUGAUUCUUUCUCCAUGAUGAGAACAGGUUAUGAGAACAGGGUAUGAGAACAGGGUAUGAGAACAGGGUAUGAGAACAGGGUAUGAGAACAGGGUAUGAGAACAGGGUAUGAGAGCAGGGUAUGAGAGCAGGGUAUGAGAGCAGGGUAUGAGAGCAGGGUAUGAGAACAGGGUAUGAGAGCAGGGUAUGAGAGCAGGGUAUGAGAGCAGGGUAUGAGAGCAGGGUAUGAGAGCAGGGUAUGAGAACAGGGUAUGAGAACAGGGUAUGCAAACAGGUAUGUUUCUUCAGAAGCCAAUUCAAACUUAUUGAUUUCCAAGAAAGUGUUAAAAUUUAAAUCAACAUCCACAAAAGACAUCUCCCGUAUAGCUCUAAGUAAAAGCUGCACUUUUCCCUCCAUAAUUUAAAUCAACAUCCACAAAAGACAUCUCCCGUAUAGCUCUAAGUAAAGGCUGCACUUUUCCCUCCAUAAUUUAAAUCUUCAUACUAGGUCCCAGUACACAUGAACACCAAAAUUUAAGGAGCUCCUUAAAAUUUUUGUCGCGAUCCAUAAUGAUUAGAUUCUUGCAUCAAAUUCUUUUACAAGUGCAUACGUCAUAAUUACACCAAACUCAACAUAAGUCCUUUUUUCCCAGAGCAAUUUAAAAGUUAAUAUAGAAACAUAUAUAUCAGGUUUUACAUAUAAUCAAACACACGUGUAGCGCAGCUUGCUAUAACUGUAUGUAGAAGAAUAUAGCACAGCCUUUUCCUACUACCCUCUGACACCAGUUGCCAAAAGACAGGGCUAUAGACACUAGUCACAGCUACAAUAAAAUCACAUCAAACUAUGUAACAAGCCUAAUGUCUCCAAAAUAGUUCAUGAACUGAACUAACACACCACGCACAAUAAAACACAAUAUUCGGUGCCCAACAAUUGAUAGUGAAUAUCCAAACUAGAAAAAUAGUAACUUAAAAUCAAUAAGGUAAUUAUUGUGAUAAUUUUAAUUUAUCAUUUAUUUAAAGUUUGUUCAAUUAUCAUGUAGCAUAACACAUUUCCACUUUCUAUAGAGCAGCUAGUUCACCUAACAAUCAUAACACAUUUCCACUUUCUAUAGAGCAGCUAGUUCACCUAACAAUCAUAACACAUUUCCACUUUCUAUAGAGCAGCUAGUUUACCUAACAAUCAUAACACAUUUCCACUUUCUAUAGAGCAGCUAGUUCACCUAACAAUCAUAACACAUUUCCACUCUCUGUAGAGCAGCUAAUUCACCUAACAAUCAUAACACAUUUCCACUCUCUGUAGAGCAGCUAGUUCACCUAACAAUUUAAACAUCACUUUCUUGCAGGUGUUCUCUCUCAGACUUUGCUGGCUUUUUCUGUAUAUACCAAUGGAUCCAAAGUAUUGAACACAUACCAGCCUCCGGGAUCUCUUGGCGCCGUCCAUGGAAUACGUUUCCUCAGCAUGACAUGGAUCAUAUUCUGUCACACCUACAUUUUUGGUAUUAGUUUCAUUUGUAAGUACACUGCAACACUUUUUUAUUGUUGUGAAACAAAUGGUCACACAAGAUGCAGCAGGCCCCUCAUUGCUGGUUAGUGAACUGUGAAACAAAUGGUCACACAAGAUGCAGCAGGGCCCUCAUUGCUGGUUAGUGAACUGUGAAGCAAAUGGUCAUACAAGACGCAGCAGGCCCCUCAGUGCUGGUCAGUGAACUGUGAAACAAAUGGUCACACAAGACGCAGCAGGGCCCCUCAUUGCUGGUCAGUGAACUGUGAAAAAGUUAAGAAAACAGAAUAAUACCGGGUAGUAAUAAAUAAUGGAGGAGCGGUUCCUGCUGAAGGUUGGGUUUAAUCCUGCUGGCCUAUCAGAGUCAAAAGUUUGAGACGCACCGUUGUACAACAUAAGUCGCAUAAUUAGUUUCAUACAAAGCUAAAAUGGUGAGUUCAUUUAAGCUAGUUGUUCAAAAUCUCAAUAUGGUAUGGCACUGAGUUGUCUGUUUACGGCAAUCAUUCAUCUGUUGACAGCAACAAGUCAUCUGUUUACAGCACUGAGUUAUCUGUUUAUGGCACUGAGCCAUCUGUUUUAUGGCACUGAGCCAUCUGUUUAUGGCACUGAGCCAUCUGUUUAUGGCAUUGAGUCAUCUGUUUAUGGCAUUGAGCCAUCUGUUUAUGGCACUCUGUCAUCUGUUUUGCAUGGUAGUAAAAUUUACUAUUUGAAAAUAUCAGUGCCAGUAUUAUAUGAAUAUGCAUAUUUUGGAAACAUUAAAGUUUAAAAGUAAUCAUAGUAUUAGCAUUUAAUUUGUGUUAAAUGUGAUGCAGUCAUUUUCUUUUAGGACAAAAUUAAGAUCUCUAGAGCAGCCUUUUCCAAAUUGUAUCAAUUUUAUUUCAGAACAAUGUCUUUGUCAUGUCUGAAAUAUUUUAAAUAUUAGGUCACUGAAAGUUUUGGACAAAGAUCCUUAUCACAAUAGCCACUUAUGAUUAUUCUACAGCCAAUGCAUUUGAAUCCUUCCCUGAACUCCUCAAGAGGUGGACAUUUGACCCCAUAGCCAAUGGAUUUGUUUCUGUGGAUACUUUCUUCACUCUGAGGUAACAUAUUCAUAAUAGUCUUGUAUCAGGUGACCAACUCUCUUGUACAAUUUGGACAGAACUUUUUUUAAUGGGGUCUACAGGUGUUGAAUUAUUGACCAAACAGCUGCAGUGAGGGUGGGAAGAUCAUUCUGGAGGUUUCGGUAAAAACGAAAAUACUAUUGGCCUUAAGGUAAAAAAAAAUAAGGGGGGUUGGGGGGACUUCAUUGCUACCGGUAGUUGUAUUAAAGAAAGGAUUUUUUCCAAGAAUCUGGUUUAUAUUUGGUUAAUUGAGGGGAAGUAAUCAAUUUAUAGGUGGGAGCAUCGAUGAAUAUAUAUGUGGGAGCAGUGAUCAAUAUACAAGUGGGAGCAUUGAUCAAUAUAUAAGUGGGAGCAUUGAUCAAUAUAUAAGUGGGAGCAUUGAUCAAUACAUAAGUGGGAGCAUUGAUCAAUAUAUAAGUGGGAGCAUUGAUCAAUAUAUAAGAGGGAGCAUUGAUCAAUAUAUAAGUGGGAGCAUUGAUCAAUAUAUAAGUGGGAGCAUUGAUCAAUAUAUAAGUGGGAGCAUUGAUCAAUAUAUAAGUGGGAGCAUUGAUCAAUAUAUAAGUGGUAGCAUUGAUCAAUAUAUAAGUGGGAGCAUUGAUCAAUAUAUAAGUGGGAGCAUUGAUCAAUAUAUAAGUGGGAGCAUUGAUCAAUAUAUAAGUGGGAGCAUUGAUCAAUAUAUAAGUGGGAGCAUUGAUCAAUAUAUAAGUGGUAGCAUUGAUCAAUAUAUAUGUGGGAGCAUUGAUGAAUAUAUAUAUGUGGGAGCAGUGAUCAAUAUAUAUUUGGGAGUAUUGAUCAAUACAUAUGUGGAAGCAGUGAUCAGUUUAUAUGUGGGAGCAUGAUCAAUAUAUACACUUGGGAGGAGUGAUCAAUAAUAUAUAUAUGUGGGAGCAGUGAUCAAUAUUGUCAACUCCUAAGUCUACUUAGAUUGAUUAAUUCGUCAAGUUCUUUCACACGUUGAAUACGUCAUACUAUUCUUACUAUCACUGAAUAAACUCAAGUCCUUUUCAUUUUAAUUAUAACUUUAAUAUCUAAGUAUAUGGGGCCUACUAUACACAUAAACACAUGAAUGUAGCGCAGCUCGUUAUCAGACGUAAAUAAUAUACAUCCUACUUCUACAAAGUUCCACUCAAGACUGCCACACGACUAAAACUUACGUCACAAUACUGUCUAGACAAUACAUAACACUCAGCAUAAAAAUACGUCAUAGAGACAAGCGCGAGAAGAGCGUUCAAUAACUAAUAAACAUAACAUUUAGUUGCAAUAAUUACUAAUGAACUCCCAUACUUGACAAAUAUAUAUAUGGGAACAGUGAUCACGAUGUAGCUGAGGUUCAAGUUUCAACUUCAACUUUUAAAUAUUAUAAUUGUCUUUUGUUUCACUUCCAGUGGUCUACUGACAGCUUACCUUACCAUUAAAGAAAUGUCUUUUGUUUCACUUCCAGUGGUCUUCUGACAGCUUACCUCACCAUUAAAGAAAUGAGAAAACAUGGCUGGAAGAUCAACUGGCCCCUGUUUUAUUUCCACAGAUUCUGGAGGUAUGUUAGCUGUGUAACUGACAUGGGCUCGUUAGCUCAUUACAUUUCAACAGCAAUCUGUAACUGACAUGGCCUGGUUAGCUCAUUAAAUUUCAACAGCCAUCUGUAACUGGCAUGGCCUGGUUAACUCAUUACAUUUCAACAGCCAUCUGUAACUGGCAGGGCCUGGUUAGCUCAUUACAUUUCAACAGCCAUCUGUAACUGACAUGGCCUAGUUGGCUCAUUACAUUUCAACAGCCAUCUGUAACUGACAUGGCCUGGUUGGCUCAUUACAUUUCAACAGCCAGCAGAUAGUCUCAAAACAAGCGGCUGUUUCAUAUUCAAAUAUUCACAUUUAAUUUGUUUGAGCAACCGGUAAAAAUAAGUUCACCCAGUCAAUGUUUUAAAUACCAGUACUGAUAAAUUGAUAACUGGCCAAUGUUCAAAUAACUUGAUUAAGUAGCCAAUGUUUUGAUUAAGGGAACAGUGUUGCUAGUCAAUUAUUUUAAACAAAGUGAUGUGAUCACCCAACACCCAAGUAUUUUAAGGGGCAUGACACUACUUCUCUUCUCUGUGUCUGUUCCCAGAUUGACCCCAUCUAAGAUAUUGAUUUUACUUAUACUCUUCUUCUGUCCCAAGAUUGACCCCAUCUUAUAUCCUGACUGUACUUCUACUUCUAUCCCAAGAUUGACCCUGUCUUACACCCUGACUGUACUUCUACGUCUAUCACAAGAUGGACCCCAUCUUACAUCCUGACUGUACUUCUACUUCUAUCCCAAGAUUGACCCCAUCUUAUAUCCUGACUGUACUUCUACUUCUAUCCCAAGAUUGACCCCAUCUUAUAUCCUGACUGUACUUCUACGUCUAUCACAAGAUGGACCCCAUCUUACAUCCUGACUGUACUUCUACUUCUAUCCCAAGAUUGACCCCAUCUUAUAUCCUGACUGUACUUCUACUUCUAUCCCAAGAUUGACCCCAUCUUAUAUCCUGACUGUACUUCUACUUCUAUCCCAAGAUUGACCCCAUCUUACAUCCUGACUGUACUUCUACUUCUAUCCCAAGAUUGACCCCAUCUUAUAUCCUGACUGUACUUCUACUUCUAUCACAAGAUUGACCCCAUCUUAUAUCCUGACUGUACUUCUCCUUCUAUCCCAAGAUUGACCCCAUCUUACAUACUGACCCUAUGUCUGUCCCAAGCUUGACCCCAUUUUACAUACUGACCCUUCUUCUGUCCCAAGAUUGACCCCACCCUACAUGCUGACCCUACUGUUAGUACUGGGCUUCAUGCAGUACCUAGGAUCUGGUGCACUGUGGUCAAAUUUGGAGCCCGCUGACAAAGAAAACUGUGAGAAGUACUGGUGGGCCAACUUGCUGUAUGUCAACAAUCUGAUUGAUUCCAAGUAUAUGGUCAGUUUCAUUUAAUGAGUAUUGUAUCCAUUUAAUACAUAACAUAAUCCAUACAAAGUUGUUUUUUUAAACUCUACAUACUAACAAACAUAAAAUCAAUUGAUUGACUUCUGGCAAAUAUUUGAUUACUCUAUCCAUCCAUCUCUGUGGCGCUACAGCCCAUAUAGGGCUUUGGCCUGCCUCACCACUUCCUUCCUUUCAGACCUAACUAAUGCCUUUCUUUUCCAUGCUUGGACUUUCAACUGCUGUAGAUCAUUUUCCACAUCAUCUAUCCACCUAAGCCUAGGUCUGCCUCUGAGCCUUUUUCCUCUGGGGUAUUGGUGAUGUACCCCCUUUGUUGCUCUGUCAUUUGGCAUUCUCUCUAGGUGUCCUGCCCAGCGUAGCCUGCCUCUUUUUAUUUUUGCUACUAUCGUGGGAUCCUGAUAUAGACUGUAUAAUCAAACAUAUAUAAUCAAUUGAUUGACUUCUGGCAAAUAUUUGAUUACUCUGCCAAUUGAAAAUAUUUUACUAUUGAACAUUAAAUAAAGUUUAAUUUUGUGGGAAUAACAAUUUAAAUUCAGUUUGUAAGAAAUGUUUAGGUUCAAGGUACCGGUACAGUUAUCUUGAAUUAGAGAAGAAAAAUCAAUGGUUCAACUUUAACCAUUCACCAAUCUAUAAAUAGAAAUUAUAACAGUUACAAUUAUCUAUAUUUAAAAGUGAAAGAACUAAAUAUCUGAGAAUAAACUUAGCUGUUUAAAAAGUUUUUAAACUAUACUGAUACCUGGUACUCCAAAAAACCUAUGUCAGAAUCUUAGCUGUUUAGAAAGUUGUAUAGUACCAUACUCCAAUAAACCUAUGUCAGAAUCUUAGCUGUUUAGAACGUUGUACAGCACCAUACUCCAAUAAACCUACAUCAGAAAAAUGACCAGGAAAUAAAAAAUAAUGUGGAUGAGAUGAUUUAACCCUCAACCCCCUUAUUGAAAGUUGAACAUUGGUCAGCAGCUGUCAGGAAUAUAACUUGGUCAAUUGGAGAUGCUCUCAAAGAAUCCUUUCAUGAUUUUAUGAAUGCUUUCUACUUUUCUUAUUACUGGGUUCUUUACAAAAAUGUGAUUUUCACUUUAUUAUUUGAAUUAUUUUAUUGCUAUCAUUUGUUCAAGUUGACAAGUUGUUUGCUUUGUUUUGGCUUUACUCCAGCUGGACCAAACCACCACCACAAGUGUUUGACAUUUACUUUCUGUAUUUCUACACCGUACAUCAUAAGUCAUGUGGCAGAAGUAGCAUGAGUCUCUUCAGGAGGGGGGGGGGGCGGAUGGGACAUGUUAACCUUGGAUGACAACUCAACUAAGAGCAAACUCAGAAAUGAAAACCCGGAGAUGGAGUCCCGUAGUUGGUAUGACAUUGACACAAUGAAAAUUCCGACACCUCCUGCGUCAGGAACUGUAUAAAGAGCACUGUGACUCACAUAAAAAUAACUGCUGGUCAUCUCCUGCAUCCUGGUCUAUUUCCAUUUGUCUUGACUAAGUCUUGCGAUUGGAUCAAUUAGGCAAGGGGUAGAGAAUGAGGCUGAUGAAUGGAGCAACUCUCCAACUAUAAUAAUGUUAGAUUGCUUUAGAAUGAUGUGUGUUGUUAAAUUAGACUACAUGUACAGUGACUUUAUAGAAUCUGUACAGUUGAAAGGCUUUACAAAAUUAAUAUUUUUCUCCCCAGUGUUUUGGACACUCAUGGUAUCUGUCCAACGAUAUGCAGUUUUUUGUCCUGAGUCCACUCAUGCUGAUACCAUUUUACUUGUAAGUUGAUUCCCCUUUCAGCCAUCGGGUCAUUCUCCAUGUUUACUUGUAAGUUGAUUCCCCUUUCAGCAACCGGGUCAUUCUCCAUUUUUACUUGUAAGUUGACUCUACAUUUAAUAUUUUAGUUGUGAGUGAAGUCCCCUAUAGGAAGGCCUAUAGAUACCGGUACAGAAGAGCGUUGAUUUUCUGAUCUAUUGUAACCAGGGGUGUUUCACAUAACACUCCCACCGAAUGGGUGUUUUAAUCAAGUUAGUACAUUGAAACCUAUAUGUUCCAUCCUUAUGGUUAGUGCAUAUAACCUAAAACUGGUAUAUUCCUCCUUAUUUUUUAGUUAGUGCAUAGAAUCCAAUAUAUUCUAACCGAUUAGUUAGUGCAUAGAAUCCAAUAUAUUCUAACCUUAUAGUUAGUGCAUAGAAUCCAAAAUAUUCUAACCGAUUAGUUAGUGCAUAGAAUCCAAUAUAUUCUAACCGAUUAGUUAGUGCAUAGAAUCCAAUAUAUUCUAACCUUAUAGUUAGUGCAUAGAAUCCAUAUAUUCUAACCUUAUAGUUAGUGUAAGCGGGAGUGCCUUCAAGGAAACUUGGGGGUGACUACAUGGGGUUUGAUGGAUAUAAUGCCUUGGUGGUGGUUAAAACCAAUGCCAAUGAUUUUAGCUACGCUGCCGUGAGAAAGCAACUUCUAGGCAACGGUUUCAUCCCAGCUUUCCAUCCCGACCAAAAGACACCCGGGCGGUGGAGGGGAGAGUGGACCACAAACGCUUUAAACGCAGAGUUUUCAGUCGACCCGGCAUCCCGCAGGCCUGUGGGGAGGUUCCCGAAGUGCUACCACACGGUCUGGUGGCGGGGAGACCCCGUGCUCGGCCCGUGUGCGGGGGGGGGGGGCAUUAAGAGCUUGCAUAGCUUCCAAAAAAAAGAAGACUGGCACUUGGAUCACUUUGUCUUUGCAGGCGUUACCCGGCAUCCCGCAGGCCUGUGGGGAGGUUCCCGAAGUGCUACCACACGGUCUGGUGGCGGGGAGACCCCGUGCUCGGCCCGUGUGCGGGGGGGGGGGCAUUAAGAGCUUGCAUAGCUUCCAAAAAAAAGAAGACUGGCACUUGGAUCACUUUGUCUUUGCAGGCGUGUAUUCUGUGGUGUAUUCUGUGUUGUACACUGUGGUGUAUUCUGUGAUGUAUUCUGUGGUGUAUUCUGUGAUGUAUUCUGUGGUGUAUUCUGUGGUGUAUUCUGUGAUGUGUUCUGUGAUGUAUUCUGUGAUGUGUUCUGUAAUGUAUUCUGUAAUGUGUUCUGUGAUGUAUUCUGUGAUGUAUUUUGUAAUGUGUUCUGUGAUGUAUUCUGUGAUGUAUGCUGUAAUGCGUUCUUUGAUGUAUUCUGUGGUGUAUUCUGUGGUGUAUUCUGUGGUGUGUUCUGUGAUGUAUUCUGUGGUGUAUUCUGUAAUGUAUUCUGUAAUGUGUUCUUUGAUGUAUUCUGUUAUGUCUUCUGUAAUCUGUUCUGUGAUGUAUUCUGUGAUGUUUCUGUAAUGUGUUCAGUGAUGUGUUCUGUGAUCGGUUAUGUGGUGUAUUCUGUGAUGUAUUCUGUGAUGUAUUCUGUAAUGUGUUCUGUGAUGUAUUCUGUGAUGUAUUAUGUGGUGUAUUCUGUGGUGUAUUCUGUGAUCUACUGCAGUCACUGCAUGUACAGCAGGUAUUGAGAUCUUACCUCGAUUAUGGGUCUGGGAUGGGAAGAGUUUUCAUUUGUUUGUAUGCCAUGCGCAUUGCCUGCGAUAAUUUAAUAAUAAUAAUAAAUGACAGGGGCCAUUCAAAUAACAGACGUGUCAAAUAAUCGGCAUUUAGGAAAUGGACAUUCCCUGUAUUUUGUUUUGUCGAAACAAAUUUUAAAAACUGCUCAUUUUUUUAUUGCACUUUAAAAUGUUUCUUUAAAUUUUUUAUUUUAAUACCGGUACCGUAACUGGUAAAAAAAGAAAUGGCAAUAUUAUUCUUAUGUACGGUAUCGUACUGGUAUGUUAUUGCAAUAUUACAAUUUCCUCUUUAGAAAUCUUACUGUUGUGUUCUUGUAUCACCAGCAAUGUUGUAGCUGGAGUGGUGAGCUGUAGUGUCUUCCUGCUGAUCAACUUUAUCUCCGCUGGUGUUCUGUCCAACCAGAACAGCUGGCCCGUCACUUUGGUGUCAAUGGGUGCAGGUUCUAACGUGUAAGUCAACUUAAAAUGCUCAAACUGUAGUCUUAUACCCGGGAUUAAGUUGUGUUACUGGUGCCUAGGUAACAUUAAAUUAUGUCACAGCUGCACAUUUAACCUUCAAUUGCAUCACAGGCCACUUGCCUCCCCCAUCACAUGACUUUUCCCUGUCAGUUUUGGUCAAUGUAGUUUUAGCAAGAUAUGAAAAUCAAUGAAAUUGGUUAAUUUGCCAUUUAUAUCUCAUUGAUCAUAGUCUGUUUCUACCAUUCUGUUGAUGAGUGUGUCAUUGUGGCCAUCUCUCAUAGUCCACUGUAUCUCAUCAGCCACCAUCUCUCACUGUCAUUCAUCAUUCAUAGUCCACCAUCUCUCAUCAUCAACCAUCUCUCAUUGUCCACCAUCUCUCAGUCUCCCCCAUCUCUCAAUCUCCACCAUCUCACUUUGUCCACCAUCAUUCACAGUCCACCAUCUCUCAUAAUCAACCAUUUCUCAUCACCAACCUUCUCUCAUUAUCCAUCAUCUCUCAUUGUCCACCAUAUCUCACUGUCCACCAACUCUCAUUGUCCACCAUCUCUCAUUGUCCACCAUCUCUCAUUGUCAACCAUCUGUCAAUGUCCACAAUUUCUUACUGUCCACCAAAUCUCACUGUCCACCAGAUCUCACUGCCCACCAGAUCCCACUGCCCACCAAAUCUCACUGUCCACCAAAUCUCACUGUCCACCUGAUUUCACUGUCCACAAGAUCUCACUGUCCACCUGAUCUCACUGUCCACCAUCUCACUGUCCACCUGAUCUCACUGACACUGUCAACCGUCCUCAUUGUCCACCAUCUGUCAUCGUCCACCAUCUCUCAUUGUCCACCAUCUCAACUUUCAGCUCAACUAUCAUGGGCUGGUUUGACAACUAUUAUAAAGCCCCCUGGUGUCGCAUUGGGGCUUUUGUCGUAGGCAUCCUAGCAGGUUACCUGCUGGCUGUCAACAACGGCAGGAUCAAGAUGGACAGGGUGGGUUGGAGUGACCAACAGUUAGCCAACAUUCUCACCAGUCACUGGCUUGUUGAAAACUCAUUGUUGUUGUCAGUGGUGUAGCAUGUCUGGCUUGUAGUAGUAUGCUGGUGGUGUAGCAUGUCUGGCUUGUAGUGGUAUGCUUUACAUUUGUUUGUAAACAACUGCAUGACUUAUUGGCUGCUGGUUGUCUUUAAAUUUUGGCUUAUAAUAACUAAAGACAGUUGGACUGAUGCAUGGCAUGCAACUAAUGAGAUACCCUAACAAUUGUAUGCACAAAUGCUGCAUGACAUGCAACCAAUAAGAUAACAAUUGUAUGCACUCAUACUUCAUACAUGUGUAGAUAUUUAUUAAUAUUUGUGUUAUUUCUUAUUUCUUUUUAUAAGUUUUGUAUUGGUCAAAUUAGGUUAGUUUAGGAAGUACAUGGGGAGAUAUUUUUAACAGUCUGAGUACAACAUCAACAACAUUAAGAUCGUAACAAUCUCAGUAAAUCAUCUACAAUAUUAAGAUUGUAACAAUCUCAGUACCCCGUACAUCAUCAACAACAUAAUAUGAUAAUAUUUUAAACAGUCUGCGUACUUCAUCAACAUAUUAUAAUAUGUAAUAUUGACAUCUCUGUUCAAUAUCACCAUGAUAUCAUUAUGUCAGAUGGUCAACAAUCUCAAUACUGAACAACAUAUAAUCCUUUUAUAAGUUAUACUGUACCUUAUAACUUGGCCGAUAAAAAAUGUCAUAGUUUGAGAACAGUUUCCAUGAUAAAAUCCCAUUCCAUUCUUUGAGACAUAACACUUAAUGGCGAGACUCCUUAGUGCAGUGGAAGAUGUGUUAAGUAUCAUGGACAGUUUGCAACAUCAUUUACCCCUAGUGUUUAUGGGGAGAUCUAAGAACAACAGUCAAAUAUUCAUUCUAAAAUGGUGCAUUUGUCUCAGGAUUACUCACCAGUCUUGUGAUGACUCGCCAGUCUUGUGAUGACUCAACAGUAGUCUCCUGAUGCCUCACACAUCUUCCUUCAGUUAAUAACCCUCCAUCUUGCUGAUUCCAUGUACCAUCUGUUAUCAUUAGGGCCGACUGGUUUAGUGACUACUACAUUAAACCCUGGUGUAGACUGGGACCAUUUGUUGUAGGCAUGCUGGCCGGGAUGAUUCUUGCUCAUGUUAAAAAGAUCCAGCUACCAAGGGUGUGUCCAGGUUUCAGUUAGAUGCUCUGCAUAUUCCCAGCUUCUCAAACAUUUCCUAGCAACUCUUCAAACUGUGCUUAUCCUUUAUUCAAAUGUAUUUGUAUUAAGAAAUAUAUGGUACGGUACAAAUCUUAUAGAUGACACAGAGCAAGCAGGUCAGUUAACCCGAUGUUUCUCAAACAUUUCUCACGCAUAUUAUAAUUGAAAAAUAAUUGAAAUUAAACUUGCAAAUGAAUUUUACUCUUAAAAUCUAGCGGACAAAUCUCCUAGUCAAGUUCAUGGAACAUCUUCCAUACAAAGAUUCUUAAAGUUUGAUUGUUCUAUUCAGAAGCCAGGCAACACAACAUGGCACCGAGUAUAGAAAAUGUGAUCUGAAAAAUGUAGAAAUUCAGUAGCCAGUAUUCCACAACCAUCCAAAGUUAGAAAGCAAUAAAUUAAUUUUUACAUAAACUUUUGACUGUAUUACAGAAAAAUUGUAAAGGAAUUAAAUUAUUAUUAUGAUCCCCAUUAUUGUUCUCUAGCUUCCAUUAACCCUUAUAUUGUUCUAUUUCUAUACCAUUGACCCAAUUAUUGUUCUCUACCAUUAACUCUUUUAUUGUUCUAUUUCUAUACCAUUGACCCCAUUAUUGUUCUAUACCAAUAACCCUUUUAUUGUUCUAUUUCUAUACACCGUACCAUUGACCCCACUAUUGUUCUAUACCAGGGGUCUCCAAACUUUUCAGCCCAAGGGCCGCAUUAAUUAUCAAACAGCAGUUCGGGGGCAGACUACACACUCGAGGUCCAAAUAAAUAAGAAUCAAAACGUGGAUGUUGUUUUGAAUUAUUUAUUUAAUAAUAUUUUAUUCAGUUAUUAUUUAAUAACACAUUGAUACACCACACAUGAACGCGCCUCUAUUUCAAUUCAGUAAAAACAUAGCGUGCACGAAAGCGGCGGCUUAUCUUGGCAGGAUACACGUUAAAUUCCGUAUUUUUUCCGUAGACAAAAAGGUCUCCAUGGGCCGCAUUAGAGGGCCUCGUGGGCCGUAGUUUGGAGACCCCUGUUCUAUACCAAUAACCCUUUUAUUGUUCUAUUUAUAUACCAUUGACCCCACUAUUGCUCUAUACCAAUAACCCUUCUAUUGCUCUAUUUCUAGACACCUGUAGGGUUGACCCUAUUAAUGCUUUAUAUCAGUGGUUGGCAACCUGAGGUCUUUAAAUGAAUAAAUGCAGCACUUUUCAUUAUUGAACAAUUAAUUACGCCUUUUUGCUUUAUAUCCCCAUGCCUUCUGGUACUGUAUCCCCAUGCCUUCUGGUACUGUAUCCCCAUGCCUUCUGGUACUGUAUCCCCUUGCCUUCUGGUACUGUAUCUGCAUGCCUUCUGGUACUGUAUCCCCAUGCCUUCUGGUACUGUAUCCCCAUGCCUUCUGGUACUGUAUCCCCAUGCCUUCUGGUACUGUAUCCCCAUGCCUUCUGGUACCGUAUCUGCAUGCCUUCUGGUACCGUAUCUGCAUGCCUUCUGGUACCGUAUCUGCAUGCCUUCUGGUACCGUAUCUGCAUGCCUUCUGGUACUGUAUCUGCAUGCCUUCUGGUACCGUAUCUGCAUGCCUUCUGGUACUGUAUCUGCAUGCCUUCUGGUACUGUAUCCACAAACCUUCUUGCUCUGUAUCUGCAAACCUUCUUGCUCUGUAUCUGCAUACCUUCUGGUACCGUAUCUGCAUGCCUUCUGGUACCGUAUCUGCAUGCCUUCUGGUACUGUAUCCCCAUGCCUUCUGGUACCGUAUCUGCAUGCCUUCUGGUACCGUAUCUGCAUGCCUUCUGGUACUGUAUCUGCAUGCCUUCUGGUACCGUAUCUGCAUGCCUUCUGGUACUGUAUCCCCAUGCCUUCUGGUACUGUAUCCCCAUGCCUUCUGGUACUGUAUCCCCAUGCCUUCUGGUACUGUAUCCCCAUGCCUUCUGGUACUGUAUCUGCAUGCCUUCUGGUACUGUAUCUGCAUGCCUUCUGGUACUGUAUCUGCAUGCCUUCUGGUACUGUAUCUGCAUGCCUUCUGGUACUGUAUCCACAAACCUUCUUGCUCUGUAUCUGCAAACCUUCUUGCUCUGUAUCUGCAUACCUUCUUGCUCUGUAUCCCGAUGCCUUCUGGUACUGUAACCGUAUGCCUUCUGGUACUGUAUCCGCAUGCCUUCUGGUGUUGUAUAUUUAAUAAGUUUCUAAAUGUCAAGAAUCAGAGUAAAAUAUUUUUCCAGUCUCAUGCACACAUUCGCUUUCUCUGUCCACCCCUCGUGCGGCUCACUAAAUAUUUCUUAACAUUGACACCGGGUAAUUAUAAAACGGCUCUACACUCAAAAAACAUUGCCUACCUCUGCUUUAUACCAUUAUCACCUAACUGGUAAUGUCAUUGUCCAUAAAAUUAACCCUAUUAUUUUUCUAUAACCUACAAACAAUCCUCAAAUUGUUCUAACCCAGCAGUUUUCAAUCUUUGUUUUUUUAAACUAUUAUCAAGGCUCUUAGACACACCAUUCAACUUUCAAAUAUUGAGGAAAAAGCUGUUUUAGUGUGUCCAAGUGUCCAAUAAUAUUAUGCUUUAUACCAGUGCAUAAUUGAUGAACUCCAUUUGAUAACGGUACCAAUAUCGAAAGUGAUUUACCGGUACUUACAUUUCCAAUGACUAUGUUGGUGGAAUCACACAAACAACAGUUUUAACAUUGGUUUUAUUCCUUGCAUCAAAAUCUUGUUGUAAACAAAUGAAUUUUUGCCACAUCGGUUGAAAACUGCUGCUUUAUACCAUUCACUCUAUUUGUGCUUUCAGCUCACCGUUUUAAGUUCUUUAUUAUUAAUUAUCUCAGUGUCAAUAUCAAGUGUCUUACAUAUUUUAUAUUAAAAUUAUAAUUUUUGUUUCACUCAAUCUGUCCUACCACUGAAGGGUUAAAGAGUUGAUUAGUUAAUUUAAUUAUUCUGUUAACAUUCAAACUUCACCCCUUUGAACUAGCCUGUCCACCACUAAGUUACUGACACUACUGGUACCGCUAGGGUCGAUAAAAUGGUCUUGUGCUUUACUUAUAAACCUAAUGAUUACAGUUUGUUGAAAUGUAAGUAAUUGAAAAUAUAUCAAUAAAUGUUGCAAUAAUCAAUUAGAAAUGUUACAAUAAGUUAAAUAAAUCAAAUGCAUAUUUUUUCAGAUAUUAUCAAUAAAUGUUACCGUGCUGAAGAGUACCAGUAUGUCAAAUUUCACACAGUUCCGCUAUACUUAGUAAACUAACUUAGUAUAAUUUAAAUAUACGUAAGUACAUUACCGACUUGUCUUGUACUAGUUGUACUGACACUCUGAUCUUCUUACAGUAUGUGGCAAUCCUAGGUUGGCUGGUAGCUGUAGCGACUGGUCUAGCUAUUGUGUACGGUAUCCAUGGUGACAUCAGUGGAGACAGUCCCACGAGUGUGGGUCUGGCAGCAUUCUACAAUGCUGUGUCCAGAUCAGCAUGGGCCGCCUGUGUGUCCUGGGUCAUCAUUGCCUGUGUGUCUGGCUAUGGGGGUAAGUACAGGGUCAUCUUUGCCUGUGUGUCUGGCUAUGGGGGUAAGGACAGGGUCAUCAUUGCCUGUGUGUCUGGCUAUGGGGGUAAGGACGGGGUCAUCAUUGCCUGUGUGUCUGGCUAUGGGGGUAAGGACAGGGUCAUCAUUGCCUGUGUGUCUGGCUAUGGGGGUAAGUACAGGGUCAUCAUUGCCUGUGUGUCCUUGCAAUGGUGUUAAGGACAGGGUCAUCAUUGCCUUUGUGUCUGGCUAUGGGGGUAAGGACAGGGUCAUCAUUGCCUGUGUGUCUGGCUAUGGGGGUAAGGACAGGGUCAUCAUUGCCUGUGUGUCUGGCUAUGGGGGUAAGGACAGGGUCAUCAUUGCCUUUGUGUCUGGCUAUGGGGGUAAGGACAGGGUCAUCAUUGCCUUUGUGUCUGGCUAUGGGGGUAAGGACAGGGUCAUCAUUGCCUGUGUGUCUGGCUAUGGGGGUAAGGACAGGGUCAUCAUUGCCUGUGUGUCUGGCUAUGGGGGUAAGUACAGGGUCAUCAUUGCCUGUGUGUCCUUGCAAUGGUGUUAAGGACAGGGUCAUCAUUGCCUUUGUGUCUGGCUAUGGGGGUAAGUACAGGGUCAUCAUUGCCUGUGUGUCUGGCUAUGGGGGUAAGUACAGGGUCAUCAUUGCCUGUGUGUCUGGCUAUGGGGGUAAGUACAGGGUCAUCAUUGCCUGUGUGUCCUUGCAAUGGUGUUAAGGACAGGGUCAUCAUUGCCUUUGUGUCUGGCUAUGGGGGUAAGGACAGGGUCAUCAUUGCCUUUGUGUCUGGCUAUGGGGGUAAGGACAGGGUCAUCAUUGCCUGUGUGUCUGGCUAUGGGGGUAAGGACAGGGUCAUCAUUGCCUGUGUGUCUGGCUAUGGGGGUAAGUACAGGGUCAUCAUUGCCUGUGUGUCCUUGCAAUGGUGUUAAGGACAGGGUCAUCAUUGCCUUUGCCUGUGUGUCUUUGCAAUGGUGUUGAGGACAGGGUCAUCUUUGCGUGUGUGUCCUUGCAAUGGUGUUAAGUACAGGGUCAGCAUGGCUUGUGUCCUUGCAAGGGUGUUAAGGACAGGGUCAUCAUUGCCUGUGUGUCUGGCUAUGGGGGUAAGGACAGGGUCAUCAUUGCCUUUGUGUCUGGCUAUGAUGUUAAGUACAGGGUCAUCAUUGCCUUUGUGUCUGGCUAUGGUGUUAAGGACAGGGUCAUUGCCUGUGUGUCUGGCUAUGUGAGGUAGAUGACUUAUAUUAUAAACUAGUCAUUUUCACCCACCAAAAAUGAUGUAAAUAAGUCAAUGGACUGUGUACAAUUUGAUACGACCUCUUGUGUGAAAUUUUUACAACUAAAAUUUUGUUAACAUUUCUGUGAAUGUAUUUUAUAGUUAAUUUCCUGUCUGAUAUUUUCAUGCAAUAAAUUUCAUGCAGUUUCAUGCAGUUUAACAGCCAAUUCUAGUCUAUAGCUCCCUUAGUGUGCAGAUUCAUGCAGUUUAAGAGCCAAUUCUAGUCUAUAGCUCCUUUAGUGUGACCAAAUGACUUUAUGAUACGAACAUAUUUAUGUGGUUGGGGGUCGCCACAACAUUAGAAACUGUUUUAAAGUGUCGCAGCAUUAGAAAGGUUGAGAACCACUGUUCUAGGGCUUAACCGAGUGCAGUUUUUUUUACACCAGGUCCAAGUGUUACAAGAGAAAAGUUAACUUCUCAUUUUCUGUAAUAAGUGUUGGGCUUUAAACAAUAGUCCAAUAGACAGUCCUCCACCCUACCUGUCAACCUUUAAACAAUAGUCCUACAGACAGGUCUAGACCCUACCUGCCAUAAUUUGAACUAUAGUCCUACAGACAGUCCUACACCCUACCUGUCAACCUUUAAACAAUAGUCCUACAGACAGGUCUAGACCCUACCUGCCAUAAUUUAAACUAUAGUCCUACAGACAGUCCUACACCCUACCUGCCGGCAUUUCAACUAAAAUAAACAAUAGUCCUACAGACAGUCUGCACCACAAUGCCUGUGGCUCUUCAUUGAUUCAUAUAGUAGUCCCCUCUGAACAAAUUCAACCUUCUAACCUGAGUUCAACCGUCACCCAUGAUGCUCACUGAUUGACAGCUUUUUGUUUUUUUUCACUGAGUAUCCACUAUAUAAAGCAUGCUGAGUAGGGGGGGAGGGGCCGGUUCUGCAAAGGAAGCAGCCACACCACAAGCAAAAUAUAUAUAAGAGACAAUGUAUACAUGAAUAUUUUCCAUGACCCAAACAAAGAAAAGUCUCUAUUUCAGGUCCCGUCAACACUCUCCUAUCCUGGUCCCCAUUUGUGACACUGGGUCGUCUGACCUAUAUGGCCUACUUGAUCCACCCUUGCCUUAUCUACGUCUAUUACCAGAAUCUGGAACAGCUCUACUACCUGUCAGACAGUAGUAUUGUAAGUUUACUGGUCAACAUAGACAGUAGUAUUGUAAGUUUACUGGUUAACAUGGCUUAUAAAAGCUGUACACUCAUGAGAGCAAUUACAAGUCAGCCUUUCACUUUCACACUUGAUAAAAAAAUAUAUUUUUGGUUAAAACCCUGACACACUAAAUUGUUUUUUAUCAAAUAAUAAUAAAAUGCUGCUUUUUCUUUCAGGUGAUAACAUUCUGUGGUCUAUUGCUGUGUACCUAUCUUAUAUCAUUUGUUCUGAUGUUAGCCUUUGAGUCUCCUAUGAUUGGACUAGAGAAAACAUUUUUACAUAAGAAACACAAAGAAUAGGCAAGUACGGGUACUUGGUUUCAACUUUCAACUAUACUGUUGUAUUAUAGAUUAUUAGUGCCAAAGAUUACAUCAAAUGAAAAUUAUAUUUUUAAAAUUAUAACUUUUUUCUCUUGACAUUAUCCGGAAUUAUUCCAGCUACUGUAACUGCUAAAUUUCUAUCCAUGGCCUGUAUGAAUAUAAAACAUGAUUAGAAUAAAAUAUAAUUGUAUUUUAAUAGAAUGACUUAGAUCAAAGAGCCCUUCACUGCUACAGCAGCUGUCUGCAGCUCAGUGAGACAAUGUUGUGCGGUGUGAGAUCACAGAUAUGUAUCAAGACAUUACCCAAUUACUCAAGUCCCAGAAAUAAAAGUGCAAAUACAAUAUUAUACAAAGGCAGAUCUUGCCAACAGCUUAUUAUUUUCAAUAUAACUAUUUUUAAAAAUAGAAUUUUAAUUUUUGUAACAAUUUUUUUAAUGACAAUUAAAUUUAAAUAUAAUAUAUGAACUAUAUGUUGCCUUGUUUAAAAUGACUAAAUAUUCUUGGUUUGACACUGCUAAAUAUUCUUGGUUUGAUAUUGCUAAAUAUUCUCGGUUUGACAUUGCUAAAUACUCUUGGUUUGACAUUUGCUAAAUAUUCUUGUUUAGACAAUGCUAAAUGUUCUUGAGAAUGUUGCCUGGUUUUUGUAGUCAUCAAAUGUUAUACCGGUAUAGUGUGUAAGUAAGAGCAUCAGCAUAAUACGGUACCCGGUACUAUAGAAGUGUGGAGAGUACUUAGAAGUACUUAGAGUACAUCAUUGUACUUAGAAGACUGAAGUUCAUCUUGUAUUAUUAUUUAUAUUUAUACAAUAAGUUAUUGACAUCAGUCAAUCAAAAAUGUCAAACUAAAGGUUUUAACUUGAAGAGAUUUUUAUAAGAAAUUUGCAAAAAAAUUCAUUAAAUCUUUGUGAUGAUUGUAAUCUUAUGGGAUUCAGUGUAUUCAGCUAUAAACCAUUUUUACAUGUGGUCCAAUAUUUUUUACCAUUUUGAAAAAUAUGUCUAAUACACAGUACCCAGGCACUCUUAGAAAAUUUGUUCAUUACUGUUUUCACAUCUUACAAAUAUUACCUGACAUGAUAUUUUGUUUAAUGUAAUUGUAUAUUUUUAUGCUGAAUUUAUAGAAAGUAAAUUUUUUACAAAAAUUAAAUUCUUGUAAUGCAUGUCUGGAAUGCUCUUACCAUGGGUACAGGAUGGUACCGGUACCUACUACUUUUCUUGUACAACUCUUGUCCAUGAGUGAAUUGAUGGAGUAGUUUAUUAACCCUCGAACUGUGGUUGGCCGAAAAAAUCGGCCAAUAUUCUUGUUCUGUACUGUGGCGGCCAAAAAAAUCGGCCGAUAAAAAACAUGGUCCGAUAGAAACUUUUAAUCCAAUAUUUAACUGGAAUCAUAGCCACUUCCUUUUAUUCAUAAUUAAAUCAACUUCCGGGUCACACUGUUUCUUGAUAACUUAACAAUUUAAGUACUUUUUAAUCAGAUUUUAUAUCGCUGUUUUUUAAAACCUAUAAUGGCUGAAGCUAUGGCUGGGCCUUCAGUGCGAGAACUAAUAUAUAUAUUUUUGAAAGCUUUUUGGGAAAGGGUUUAAGUGAUACUGAUGAUGAUUUUAACAUUCUCCUUGACAUCUCAGUUCAGAUUCUUCUUCUCGUGAAUCUGAUAAUAGUCUUAGUACUCUUAGUGAUACUGAAGUAGGCCUACUGUUAGACUUCGAGCCAGACCCGGAGGUUGGGCAAGGACUGACUGAAUUUUAGUCACAGAAGCUACAGAUUAUAAGAUCAGAACUAAUAAUUUUUAAACAACCCAAAUCAGUUCCACAGUUCCCUUUUAAAUGUUUACUAGUCCUUAAUAACUAUUUUGCCUGAGAUUUUGUAUGUUGUACUUGGUUUUAGUUGUGGUCCCAGUUUCUUAAAUUUAAAUGACCUAAAAUUACUAAAAUUCCUUUCAGAGGUUUAAUUGUAAUCAAAACCUGAAUUGACUACCACAUUUGUAUGAGUACCGGUAUUUUAAUGUAAUCUAUAAAAAUUAAUUAUGUUAUGAGCACUUGAAAAGCAAGACAUUUAGUUGAUUUUUUUUUCUUCAGCACUCCAAGGUCAAGGACACUGAACAAAAUUUUAUUACGGGUGGGCAAUGUAGCCAACUUUAUCCCAUCCAUUUACCUUUCUAAAAAUAUAUGCUUAUUGGGGUCUUGUAUCAAUAUUUCUAUGCCAUUUAAUGCUAUUUCUAAAGGCACUCUAAAAGCCCUGAAAACCUCCCACACUUCUAUUGCUGCCCACAGAUACUACCUACCAGCUAAGUGCUAUUUCUUAUUUUUAUACCGUUUUUUUCUGUUGUUUUGUUCGCUGAAGAAGGCUUUCUGCUGACAUGUUCGCUGUUUUGUUGCGUUUAUUUUUUCAGGUCUAACCCUACUCUGUUUUACUCAUUUUAUUUUCCCACACUACAGAAUGAUAUAUGCCACAGUUCAAGGGUUAAAAUGUUGAUGGAUUCUCAUGGUGGGGGGGGGGUGUCUUGGAAUGCCAUAAUUUAUUUGUAUGACAGUGGUACCGUACAGUACUUGUUCUUUAUCUUAUAUUUACCAGUAUGUUGUUUUUCUUCUUUUUUUUUCCCCCACUUCAGAAUGUUAUUUGCCACAGUUUCAGGGUUUAAAUGUUGAUGGAUUCUCGUGGGGGGGGGGGGGUGUCUUGGAAUGCCAUAAUUUAUUUGUAUGACAGUGGUACCGUACAGUACUUGUUCUUUAUCUUAUAUUUACCAGUAUGUACUGUAAUGUUUUCUUUCUCAUAUACCAUACCUUACAGUUUUCUAUCUAAUAUACCAGUACAGUACCAUACUUGUGCCCUUAUGUACAGUAUGGAACGGUAUAUUAUACAUGGAUAUUUAGUUACUGGGUAUGUUGACAAUUGGACCAAAGAUAUACUAAGACUAGCUACCGGUAUUCACAAACUGUUUGUUCGUUGACAUCUGUACCAAAGAAAGACAAGAUAGAUAUAUUUAAAAUUGUUACCUGUAACUGACUAUUUUGUUGAGAGACCAUGACUUGUCCCACUUGUGAUAUAUCGAAUAUCACAGGACAUCAUUUAAGUUUAGGCAUUCAUUCCAUAUCCAUAUUUUAAAAAAAUUUUAGUUUUUUUUAACUGAUAUUUAUAUCCUUGCAAUAUUUAUUAUCUAUAUACUGUGUACAGUUCUGUAUUUUCUAUGGUGUAUAUUUUUCUGCCACUGAUGAGUUGUCUGUGAGUAACACAAACCAAGUGAAUGCUUAACAUCAAAAGUUGAUUUCAAAUAAUGCACCAUACCCAGAACAUGUACUAGUAUAGGUACUGUACUGUACCUUAAUCAAAAUUGUUAAAAGCUGUGACAAUAAUCAAUAAACAAAUAUUGUUUAACGUUGUGUUACAACAUUUUGAAAUUACAAAUGGUGUCUGAUUUAGAUGCAAGGUGAAUAAAAUAUAUGAAAGAGAAA